AUGCUGCUUCUCUACCUCCUACCGUACAUCCUACUCGUUGGCGUCCUGGUCUCAGUCCUGCAGAGACUACGUUCUCCGAUAUCCAAACUACCAGGACCCUGGUACACGGCAUGGACGUCGCUGGUGCUGCAGUACCGCGAGUUCACGCACGGGCGCCGACUGUACAUCCACGCCCUGCACCAGCGGUACGGACCCGUGGUGCGGCUGAGCCCGCACGAGGUGUCGUUCGCGACCGCCGACGCCGCCAAGGAGAUCUACAUGUCCGGCGGCAGUGGCUACGACAAGACGCCCUUCUACUCACUGUUCACCCAGUUCGGCACGCGGACGCUGUUCUCGACGCUGCCACGCGCGGAGCAUAGCUACAUGAAGCGCUACCUGGCCGACCGGUACGCCAACACGAGCAUCAUGAAGCCCGACGUCCUGAACGGCAUCGUCCAGCACGCCCGCGACUUUGUAAACAAGUGCCUGGCCCAAUGUCACGGGAGUGAUGGGUUUGCGGACAUCUAUGUAUCACUCCAUUGCUUCGCCCUGGACGGGGUGACGCAUCAGCUGUUCCACCCGUACGGCACGCACGCCAACAGGGACGAGAAGGAUCUGCGCCUGAUGCAAGAAUUGUCCUAUCACGACAGCUUGAAAAGUAACGUCGCCAUCUACUACAUGCCGUGGCUGUCGGGUGUGGUCCACGCGCUCAGCCCGCCGAAGCCCGCGCCGCUGUCGAACGAGUAUGUGCUCCGGACCAGCGCCCUCCCCUCCCCGUCACCGUUCAGCCUGCUCGCGAAGCUGCAGGCCCAGGCCAAGGCGACGCCCACCAUGGCCCCCCGCGCCGUGCCCGCCGAGUGCAAAGACCACCUGGCCGCGGGCGUCGACACGACCGGCGACGCGCUGUGCUUCCUCAUGCACCACCUCUCGCUGCCCAGGCCGGCCUCCCAGCGCAUCCAGGACCGGCUGCGCCAGGAACUCGCCGAGAACAGCGCCGCGGCGGUCCCGUUCGACCAGCUCCCCUACCUCGACGCCGUGGUCAAGGAAGGCCUGCGCUGUUUUCCGCCCAUACCGAUGUCCAUGCCGCGAUACGUCCCCGCCGGGGGCAGCGUGAUCGAAGGCCACUUCAUCCCCGAGGGGACGAUCGUCAGCUGUCAGGCGUACACGCUGCACAAAGAUCCCGCGGUGUUUCCCCAGCCGUUGGAAUUCUUGCCGGAGCGCUGGCUCGACAAGGCCGGCGAGGCCGAGCGGAACAGAUUGUUCUUCGCCUUCUCCAGCGGCGGGAGGGGCUGUUUGGGCCGACACCUCGCCAUCGCCGAGAUGAAGCUCCUCCUUCGCGAGGUCUAUUCGCAGUAUCGGACAACCCUCUCCAGCCAGAUGGACAGCGACAUGGAGAUGGAGGACCAGAUCAUCGCGAGCCGGCCCAAGGGCCAGAGCUGCAAGCUGGUGUUUGAGAAGGUCGUGUCAUGA